AUGGAUGAUGACCCAACAGAGGGCUACGUUGACUACGUCUCAGAGGCUACUGCAAGAGCAAAUGGACUUAUUCAAACCACCGACACCAGCGUCUACAUCGGUGUGGACCAUGCAAAUAUAUCCUUCGGUCGUGGAAGACGGAGUGUUCGGAUAGAAUCGAAGAAUUCCUACAACCAUGGCUUAUUUCUCUUGGACGUAUACCAUAUGCCAGCCUCGAUCUGUGGCGUGUGGCCUGCCUUUUGGACAAUGGCAGCACAUCGGCCCUGGCCCGAACUCGGAGAACUCGAUAUCAUCGAAGGGGUGAAUUCUCAAGGUCACAACAACAUCGCACUCCAUACUCGCGAAGGCUGCCAAAUAGCAAACAGUGGAGACUUCACCGGUUGGGUAGAUACAUACAAUUGCUACGUGUAUGCCCCCAAUCAACACAAGAACAUUGGUUGUAAGAUCAUCGCAGACCAACCAAAUGUUUAUGGCAAUGCCUUCAACACCGAACGUGGAGGAAUAUACGCAGUCGACUGGACAAGCAAAGCCAUCAAGGUCUGGUUUUUCCCUCGUCAAUCCAUCCCUGCCGAUAUCGCAUCUGGUCGUCCGGCGCCGCCUACCUGGGGUUUGCCGUUAGCUAGCUUCUCCGGAGCAUGCAACAUCGACUCAUAUGUACAAAACCAGACGCUGAUCAUGAACACGGCGUUUUGUGGAGGCUGGGCUGGUGGUGUUUGGGAUGAAGAUCCAGUAUGCAGCCAGAAAGCUCGAACAUGCGAGGAAUUCGUGCAUAUGCACCCCGAAGAAUUCCAAGACGCGUUUUGGGGUAUUAACAGCUUGAAGGUUUACGAAGAUGACUUGAUAGAGCAGCCCGGCUCCUCGCAUUUCAUUCCGCUAGGGUUAUGCUUCUGCGCAGCCACAUUCUUGGCUGUCAUCUGGCAUACGUACCAGGCCGCACCUGCACCCAGAGGCUGUAAAACGAAGUUGAGAAUAUAA